AUAAGUAUAGACCGUACCAUUGCAGUUAUGAAUUGGGUUCCUAUAAUUCGUGCUACAUCAGCCUCUUAUACGGCACGCUUAUGUACAGAUUCGCCUGUAAAGAAGACUAUCGCAUCUCUCCUCACGAUGCCCGUCGACCGCCAGAAACCCGACCUCUGCAUUGUCCUCGUGCUGUUCCCUGUUGCUGUUCGGUAACAUAUGGUUCGCCUGGCAUUCGUGUAAUCGCGUGUACACCCAUCGUUCUUUGCGGAUUCGUCUAUCGCUUGAGCGCCUCGUCGACGUAGUUUUGCUGUGCAAAGAGAUAUCCUUUAACCUUGGCGUCCUUGAGGAGCUCAAAGUAUCGCUCUCGCAAAUGUCCACACUUCUCCAAAUGGUUGACUCCCUCCCUCC